AACCAAGACUUUCGAAAAUAUAAAUAAAAUUUCGAAUCGUGCUAUGGUUCACAGUACAGUGUUGUGUUUAACUAUCAAAAUGUACGCUCUAACAAAAUGUGUUACUUUAUCAAAAACAAUGAAACUUCGUUGUACCUUAUUGCUUUUAGAAAUAUUCUUAUGUCUUGCUGCAUUACCCUUAUCAAGAGCACUAAAUAAUGAUACGACCAUUCAUCCAGACGAUUCAGCAGAGGACAGAGAAUUUUGCUUCAAACCAGAAUGUAUACACACAGCAUCAAGAGUGUUAAGAUAUAUGGACACAAAUUUUGAUCCAUGUGAUAAUUUUUACAAAUUUGCUUGUGGUAAACUCAUAAACAACAAUCUUAUUCAUGGGGACAAUUCAGUAGAUGAGUUUUCACUGAUUACAAAAAUUAUUCGUGAAAAAAUGACGGUUUAUCUACAAAAUGAAACUUUACCUAAUACUUUACCAAGAUAUGCCAGAUUAAUUAAAACAUUUUAUAACAGCUGCACUGAUAAAUAUUCUAAAAAUUUUAGAAAAACAAAUUUAACUUCAAUUAUGGAAUUAAUAAAUAAAACCAAUGGAUGGCCUCUUCUAGAAGGUGAUUCUUGGAGAGAAGAGAAUUUCCAAUGGGAAAAAUUUGGCUUCUCCACCGAAAAUAUUACCGUUUUGGAUAACAAUUUUAUUCGGUUAUCCAUAAUUGUUGACGAUAAAAAUAAUUCAUACAGAAGAUUGUUGAUUAAUCAACCGCAAAAAUUUAUUACCUCUCGAAAAUUGUACAAUAAAUUACUUACCUUUGGACAAUUGUUUGGAGUAAAGAGAAAAGAUGUUGCAAAUAAUUUAAAACAAAUCUCGGAAGUUGAUAACCAGCUGUAUAGUAUAUAUGUACCAAACAAAAAUAAAGAUGAUUUUUUUGAAAGAAUGACUGUAAAGGAACUAAUCCGAAAAUAUCCAAAUAUAUUGUGGAGGAAUUUUUUUAAUACGGAAAUAAAGCCACAUCAAAUUGAUGAUGACGAUGUUAUACUUGUUGACCAUAUCCGCUACUUUGAUAAUUUUACCCAACUUAUUAGAAAUAUUUCAAAAAGAGAUCAGGCAAACUAUCUUAUGUGGAGAGCAAUUUACAGAAUUUCAGCAUCAUAUGUUAACGCAAUUCACACAGAAUAUGAUUCACAAGAAAUAUGUUAUGAUAUUACUGUCGGUAAUUUUAAAAAUGUUUUUGGACUUUUGUAUUCGAAAAUUAAUUUUAACAAAGACUCGUUUCCAAAAGAUGUAGAUGAAAUGUUUGAUAAUAUUUAUAAUGAAUAUAGGACUAUUCUAAAGAAUAAUUCUUGGCUGGAUAAUGAAACGAAACUUAAAGCAUUAGAAAAGCUUGAAUCCAUGAUUAUUGUACCACCAACUCAAUAUCUCUCUCAUGAUGACAAAGAAAUUGAUGAAUAUUACAAAAACUUGGAAAUUACACCAGGCGAUUAUUUUCGGUCGUUGGUAAACAUUUUAAAAUUUUAUGCAUACAAAUAUUUUGUAGACUUGGACUAUCCAGUGAAUAAGACAAGUUGGACAGAGAUACCUUGUGCAUCAGAUGUAAAUGCUUUUAAUAAUGUAAACAAAAAUCUUAUUGCUUUUAUGCCGGCCAUUUUUCAAGGAGUUUUUUUCGACAAAGAAAGACCUCAAUAUAUGAAUUAUGGAUCAAUUGGAUCUACAAUUGGACAUGAAAUAACUCAUUCUUUUGAUAGUCGAGGUAGAAAAUAUGAUAAAACAGGAAACUUUUUCAAUUGGUGGACUGCAGAAGCUAAUGAAUCAUUUCUUUCUAAAGUUCAAUGCAUAAUUGACCAACACAACAACUACAGAGUCGAGGAAGUUGGUUUAAAUAUAAAAGGGAACGAAACGCAAAGUGAAGAUACUUCAGAUAUUGUAGGAAUUAAUGUUGCAUAUUCAGCUUAUGAAAAUUAUAUGAAAACUUAUGGUCCUGAGCCAUUGUUGCCGGGUGUCAAUUACACACAACGUCAACUCUUUUGGAUUAGCUACACACACACACACAUUGUGCAACAAAGACAACGCAAGAACUUAAGUGGAUUGUUGAUAACGGUCCGUACAGUACUCCCGAAUUUCGAGUUAUCGGUUCCCUUUCCAAUAGUUUGGAAUUCGCAAAAGAUUUCCAAUGUCCGACAGGCAAGAAAAUGAAUCUGAAAAAUAAAUGUUCUGUCUGGUAAUUUUUUUUUGUAAAUUUAUUAAUGAAAGAAAGAUUACUGUUACCUCUUGAGUUGUAUUCCAAGUAUUGUACUUUUAAUAUAAUAGUUAAUAAUAGUGAUAAUAUCAUUACUAUAUAUUAUACUUUUAUCUGUAGUCUUCAAUGCGAUGAAGGGAGAAAGAAAAUAUUACCUGUAUUCUCAGAGUUAAUAUAGAAUAAAAUAAAUAAAAAUUUAUAA